AGAUUUCUUCCUUUGUGGAGAAAAAAAAUGUAGAAAAAUAGCUUUAUAAAAGGUUUCAUUUUGGGAUUAUGGUUUAGUUUAAAAUAAAUCUAUCCUUGCAACAGCUGAGUAAAAAUACCACUGUCAUAUUGAAGAUUUGCUUCUUUGUGAUUGUUCCUUAGGUAACUUUGCUAAGAACGUUCAGAGAAUCUCAGGCAUAGCACAAAACCGAACAUCAGCCUGUUAAUUCCAUUUUAAUAUCUAGUCAAUUGGCCAGCCCUCAUCUCAAUAAGUUUGAAUAAAUGUCACAUGAUGUUUUUUAAUUAACCUCUUGCCUUGUGCUUUGCCUGAGUUUCUUAUUACCUGUAAAUAAAGAGAGUCAAUUUAAAAGCAUUUUCAUAAAACUGAAAUUAAUUCACCCAAGGAUUCAUCACGUUAUACGAGUUUGUAGAAACAAAACGAAACCCAAGGUUUGAUUUCCAAAUAACUUAAGUCUAUUGGUUCUUCUACUCGCUGAAAUAUAUAGGAUCAACUAAAGUUGUCCUCAGGCCCUUGAAAAAGAUGAUAGCAAGGCUCAGAGCAGUUAAUCUGGCUUGCAUCUGUCUUCUUCCAUCUGAGGAGCCCAUGGGAAAUAUGGCAGGCAGGAACACAUUCUGGAAAUCAUUUUGUCAGUGUCAUACUAUUCUUAACUGGUCUUUCCUAGAUGCCCAGCAGAAACAGGCAAAGAACUGUUUCUGUGUGCAUACUUGUAAAUGCUGUUCUCAGUUCCAUAUAACUUUUUGAUUUUGGAUUCAAAUGUUUCAUGUCGUGCAACUUCUUAAAUGUGAUUGCUGUUUUCUGUUUGUUUUAAUUUUGGUCAGAAAUGACAGGUUCUUUGGUUUGGAAAAGAUGUUAGUUAUUUGUUGUUGUUUUUAAAGCCUUGGUGUCUUACCCGUGAACUUCAGUACUUGGAAAAUUGGCAGGAGAUGUGUUGUGGUUUGAAAGUUGUGGAUAUUUUCAUUGCCCGUUAAAGUUUCUAGUGAUUUUAACCAAGUUGGAAAAAUCAGUUUACUUUCAGUAGAGACCUGCUAAAACUUAGUCUAUGAAAUCUCCUAAAACUUUCUUUACGGUGUCUUGUGUUCAGUUUCUGCAUCUCCUGUUUCUGGGAGGUUGUACUGUAAGGUAAGUCAGAAGAACUGAGGCAGAUUCUUGCAAUUAGGCACAAGGAAGCAGGGAGCUGACUGUCUCAGUAGAACAGGGUUCAUGUCAGAAUCUGGAGUAAAAGCUAAUUUUACAAGAACACCCUGUUUUUCCUAUUCUCUCAACAAUAUUGAAGAACACUCAUUAGUUAAAUACUCCUUCACUGUGUAGUACUUUGCCACAUGGGAUACCAAGUGAUGUUAUCCUCAGUAGUUCAGUUGGUGAAAAUCCAUGCAGUGGAUCUAGAGGUUUGAAAUUUGCUCAGUAUUCUUAUGCACUUUGUGACGGUGCAGUCUGAUGGACUUUAUUUUUGAGUUUGGUUAAAAUCAACCCUAAAAUGUUACUGUCACGUAUUGCCAAUAAAAGUGUUGUUAGAUCUUUAGUCCUGCCAGCCAAGGUUGCAAAAUGAAAGUUUGUUUGUCUGUCCAGCUUUAUUUCUUUGUGUACACACAUUUAUGAUUUUUUCUUAAUUAUAUGAUCACGUCAUCUUGUUUCACUAUGGUACUUGCCACAUUCUCUACACAGAAAAGAUUGAAUUCAGGUUGCAAACUGCUAAUUCAUUGUCUUGUUUUCUGCUUCUUUCCUUUGUAAUCCUAUUCCUUAUUUACUGCAUGUGACUUGAAAUCUUUGCUGAAAAAUUGAAUGAAUAAUUAAUUCCCGUCUUCUGUUGGUGCUUAUCGCUAUAGCAUCUGACUGCUUUCCAAAGAUUAAUGAACUUACCACAGCACUUAUCACAAUAGCUGUUAUUUUAAUUUUUUGUUUAGGGGCCACCAAAGAGAUUUUGGUAAAACACCAUAAAUGUCAGUAAUUUGGAGUUUGCCAUGUGAACUGUGUAAGAUAGGAUUUUUCAGAGUUACUUAUACAAGAAUGCAACAGGCAUUGGGAUGGAGAGAUGAAAUCAUGCAGUGGUGUGUUUUUGAGAGGAUUCCACUUCAGUGUCCACGAUUUCACUAAGGAAUUCAGCAGUUAUUGAAGUGUAGUUGCAGUUUCAGUGGGAGAAGGAAAAGAAGAGGGAGAUACAGUGGACCAUGUAGUACAGAACUGGAAUGAUUGUGGAGUAGAUAAUUAUGGAACAUCUAUUUGGAUUUUUUUUUCCUCUCUAGAUUUCUUCAGUGGAUUUUCUCACAAGAAGGGCAUAAAAGCUGGACGUCUCCUCUCGCACAUUCCGUAUCAGCUUUACACCAAGCAGUCAAGUGUUCAAAAAGGUCUCAAUUUUAAUAGCAUAUGCAAACCUGAAGAUGCCAUGCCAGGUCCAAGCAAUAUAGCUAAAGAUCUCAACAGGGUAAAUCAUAUUAAGAAGUGUGAGGUGGAAAGUGAGAUCACACCCAAUGGAACAAGUAGCUGGAAUGAAGAAGAGGAAGAAGAUGAUGGCCGUUUGGCAUUUACGGAGCUGGAGCAGAUCCUUCCUGGAAGGAAACAAAAUGGAAUUCUGUCUCAGAAGGACAGCACUGCCAUUUUUAACGGACACACACACAACACUUGUACCAGUGCCUUAAAGACGCAGGAUUGCUUGGUGCCCUCCAGCAACAGCGUUGCAAGUAGGUUCUCUCCAGGCCCUGUGCAGGAGGAGGACAAGACUGAAAAAGGCAUGGUUGACUUCAGAGACUGCACAACGCAGCAGUUGCAGCAAAGCAACAAAAAUACAGACUUUUCGUGGAAUCCACAUAGGACUAUGAGUAAUUCAUCCUCAUCUUUGCACAGUAAUACUAAAAUAAAUGGUGCUCACCACUCCACUGUUCAGGGGCCUUCAAGCACAAAAAGCACUUCUGUACCUAAUCCUAGCAAGACAGCUUCCUUACCUGUGUCCAAACCUUCAGAUUGUAGUUUCAUUUCUGACUUUUAUUCACGUUCAAGACUACAUCAUAUAUCAACGUGGAAGUGUGAAUUGACUGAGUUUGUCAACAGCCUGCAGAGAAUAAACAGUGGUGUCUUUCCAGGAAGGGAAAAAUUAAAAAAAUGGAAAGCAGGCAGGUCUGCACUUAAAACUGACACAGGUAAUGUGUCUGUUGCGAGCUCAGCCAAGCCACAGAGCUGUAUAAUGCACGUGGAUAUGGAUUGCUUCUUUGUGUCUGUGGCUACCCGAAAUAGACCCGAUCUCAAAGGAAAGCCAGUAGCUGUGACUAGCAACAGAGGUGCAGGAAAGGCACCGCUGCGCCCUGGUGCAAACCCCCAGCUUGAAAGGCAAUAUUACCAGAAUAAGCUAUUGAAUGGCAAAGCAGCAGAAAUUAGAGUACCUGAUAAGCUGGACUCAUCAUUCUGGGAGCAUCCGGAUUCCACGCACAUGAAUGGAGGUGACUUCAAUCAGACAGUUCUGUCCAUGGCUGAAAUUGCUUCUUGUAGUUACGAAGCCAGACAAGUCGGCAUAAAGAAUGGAAUGUUUUUUGGCCAAGCAAAAAAGUUGUGUCCAAAUCUUCAAGCAGUUUCAUAUGAUUUUAAUGCGUACAAAGAAGUUGCACAGACAGUGUAUGAAAUACUAGCAAGCUAUACUCAUAACAUCGAAGCAGUCAGUUGUGAUGAAGCACUAGUAGAUAUCACUGAAAUCCUUACAGAGACCAGAUUGACUCCUGAUGAGUUUGCAAAUGCUAUCCGCACCGAAAUCAAAGCCCAAACUAAAUGCACUGCUUCUGUUGGGAUGGGUUCGAAUAUUCUGCUGGCCAGAAUGGCAACUCGUAAAGCAAAACCAGAUGGACAGUAUCACUUAAAACCAGAAGAAGUGGAUGAUUUUAUCAGAGGUCAACUUGUUACCAGUCUUCCAGGAGUUGGCAGGUCGAUGGAAUCUAAGCUGGCUUCUUUGGGAAUUAGAACCUGUGGAGAUCUGCAAUGUGCUUCAAUGUCAAAACUGCAAAAAGAAUUUGGUCCAAAAACAGGACAAAUGCUCUACAGGUUUUGUCGUGGUUUAGAUGAUCGACCUGUUCGCACAGAAAAAGAAAGAAAAUCUGUUUCAGCGGAAAUCAACUAUGGAAUAAGGUUUACACAGCCUAAGGAAGCAGAGGCUUUCCUUCUGAGCCUCUCAGAAGAAAUCCAACGUAGACUUGAAGCUGCUGGUAUGAAGGGUAAACGACUGACCCUUAAGAUCAUGGUCAGAAAGGCUGGGGCACCAGUGGAGCCUGCAAAAUAUGGAGGUCAUGGAAUCUGUGAUAAUAUUGCCAGGACUGUGACUCUAGACCAUGCAACAGACAGUGCAAAAAUAAUUGGAAAAGAAACUCUAAACAUGUUUCACACAAUGAAACUGAACAUAUCUGAUAUGCGAGGGGUUGGAAUUCAGGUACAGCAGUUAGUUCCCAUCAGUAAAACCACUUCGUCUCAUUCAGCAGUACAAUCUGGACAUUUACCUGGUGGAUCACAUUCAGUUAUUGAUCUUUUUCAUGUUCAGAAAGCAAAAAAGUGCUCAGAAGAAGAACAUAAGGAAGUAUUUGUUGCUGCUAUGGACCUUGAAAUAUCUUCUGAUUCAAGAACUUGCACUUUUCUUCCGUCUCGUGGUACCCAUCUCACGUCUGGUCUCAAUUCUAAUGUUAACAAGACUGAGUCUGCUGUCAAAUGCAAUGGCUUGCAUACUCCUAUCAGCGUAAAAUCCAGGCUUAAUUUGAGUAUUGAGGUUCCUUCUGCUUCCCAGCUAGAUAAGUCUGUGCUAGAAGCUCUGCCACCUGAUCUCCGAGAACAAGUAGAGCAAAUAUACACCAUUCAGCAAGGAGAGACUUAUGGAGAGAGCAAAAAAGAGCCAAUAAACGGAUGUAGCACUGCACUUCUCUCACAACCAGUUGGAACAGUGCUUUUACAAGUACCAGAGCUCCAAGAACCAAAUGCCAAUGUGGGAAUUAAUGUAAUUGCCUUGCCAGCUUUCUCACAGGUGGACCCUGAGGUUUUUGCUGCGCUACCUGCUGAGCUGCAAGCAGAACUGAGAGAUGCAUAUGAUCAAAGGCAAAAGCAACUAGAACAGCAACCUGCUAAUACUUCUGUAUCCAAAAAUCCUUGCCUACACCUGAAGCAUGCAACAAUGAAAAACAAGAAAAAAAUCAGGAAAAAAAAUCCGGUCAGUCCUGCAAAAAAGAUUCAGAGUCCUUUGAAAAACAAACUCCUGGGUAGCCCUGCAAAAAACAUGCCAGCUACAUCUGGAAGCCCACAGAAGCUAAUAGAUAGCUUUUUGAAACAGGAAGGAACAGCUGCUCAGCUGGAAGCAGUUCCAUCAACUUCAGAUUGUUCAGGCCCAUCAGCUCUGCAGACUGAACAGCCUGGUUCGUUCAGGCCACAGGCACCCAACCUAGCUGGAGCUGUUGAAUUCAAUGACGUAAAGACGUUGUUGAAAGAAUGGAUAACAACUAUUUCAGAUCCUAUGGAAGAAGACAUUCUACAGGUUGUGAAGUAUUGUACUGAUCUAAUAGAAGAAAAAGAUUUGGAAAAGUUAGAUCUGGUGGUUAAAUACAUGAAAAGGUUAAUGCAAUCAUCUGUGGAAUCAGUUUGGAAUAUGGCAUUUGACUUCAUUCUUGACAAUGUUCAGGUAGUUUUACAACAAACUUACGGAAGCACAUUAAAAGUUAUCUGAACUUGUAGUAAAGAGCUUGAUGAGAGCCUGGAGCUCUCUGCUAGCUGUGCCAUAAGUGCUUGUGAGGUAUUUGCAAAGUGCAUGAUAGUAAUGCCCUGAGUUUUUAUAAUUUCAAAUUUCUUUUUAAACAACAAAGUGUUUUGUACAUUUCUUUUCAGAAAGUGCCAAAUUUGUCAGUAUUGCAUGUAAAUAAUUGUGUUAAAAUUCUUUUAUUGUAGUAUAGAAUCUAUUUACAAAAUGUUUGUUUAUAAAGUUUUAUGGAUUUUUACAGUGAAGUGUUUACAGUUGUUUAAUAAAGAAC